GAAAUACAGCAGCACGAAGCAAAUUUUGAGAGGCAGCUGAGAGAGAUGCGGCAACGCGGAGAAGACUUAGAAAGCCAGCUUAGGGAGAUGCGGCAACGUGAAGAAAACUUACAAAGGCAGCUGAGGGAGACACAGCAAAACUCACAAAGGCAGCUCAGGGAGAUGCAACAACGUGAACAAAAUUUGCAAAGACAGCUGAGAGAAAAAGACGAGGAAGUUAAGUGAACAGCAACAACAGGAAUCAUGCGAUUGGGUCAUUUCCCGCGAUGAAAUUCAAAUGACCAAUAAAUGCCUUGGCACGGGAGGCUGGGGAAGUGUUUAUGAAGGCGUAUAUUGUGGCUGCACUGUAGCAGUAAAGCAAAUUCAUGAUCUGAUUCUCUCCCCUCAUAACAUACGUCUUUUUGAGAGGGAAAUGAAUAUUGCAUCCAAAUGCCGCCAUCCUCACUUGCUUCAGUUUAUCGGCGCCACUAACGAUGAAGGAAACCCUCUGUUUUUGACCGAGCUGAUGGAGAAAAGUCUGCGAGCUCUGUUAGAACAGCGACAACUCGCCGAAAUAGAAAUACGCGUAAUUUCUCUGGAUGUAGCCCGAGCAAUUAACUACCUUCAUCAGAAGAAACCAGAGCCAAUCAUUCACCCGGAUGUGAGCAGUGCAAAUGUGUUGCUAUGGCGACAGGGUGACCAGUGGAGAGGCAAAGUGUCAGAUUAUGGCACUGCUAAUUUCAUGCAGCAGACCAUGACAGUGGCUCCUGGAGCUAUGAUUUACAGCGCUUCUGAAGCACUUACAUCACACCAAACAGUCAAGGUUAGUUUUAGUGAAUUUAGAAUUUUUCUAUUCUGCACUGGUUCAUCAACCCCUCCAGACUUCAAAGAGACGCGUUGGUGCAGUCAUCUUGAGCGCGUAGCUACUUGAAAGCCAGGUUUAUCGUUACUCACACGAACGAAACCCUACCCCACUUUACCCUUCUUCACCUCGGCAUGUAGUUAGAAGCAGAAAAAUAAUGUUGAAUGCGAUAGCCCCUUUGCAGUGUGGAUUGGCAAUAUCCCUUGCAGCUAAAGCGCCGGUCAAUCGGUGGUACCGGUGAUAGCUUAAACCAUCACUAUUUGAACUCAAAUGUUUAUGGCUCCAUUAUUAUGGUCGUUCUCAGGUGUUUAUGCCAUGAGAAAACAAACUUAAGCUGCAAGCGUCUGUUGUGAUUUAAAUGUUUCCCAUUAGUUCUUCAGUUAAUCAUACUGGCGACUUCGCAGAUGAAACUGAAAGAGUCGACCGCCUUUGAGACAGAGAGAGUGACGUCCCCGCUUAGGAAUUAAGCUGCUGACCAUUGUAAUUUACCCUCAGUGGGGCCAUCCGGAAACAAUGUCGGUAAUGCUAAUAAGAUAUCACAGGCUCAGUCCGAGGCGGUAGGAGAGGGUUGCUCCUUCUUGAUAGCUACAAUCACUGACAAAAGUUUCUGUACAUUUGUCUUAACGUGCGCUUUAAUGAACAAUUUCUUGAAGUAAACCAUACAACUUUAAAUUCCAAUUCCCCUGGGUAUUACAUUCAUCCCAAGAGAAAUCGAAAACAAUGGUUAUGCAAAAUUCUGUGAAGUAAACAUGGUGUAUUAUGGUCUCGGUGGAAAGACUGAAUUAGGAGGAGAGCGCUAAUUAACUUUCCUCCCUACAGAACGGGCGCGUAAUUGAGUAAAUACGGUAUGCUCUAGACUUUACAUUCCUUUAUCUACUGAAUUUGCUAAGAAACAGAAACAGUCAAAUGGAGACGUGAACUGACCGCCCCCCCCCCGCUCAAUUUGAAUAAUUCUUCAAAUCAUACUCAGCUUCAUGAAGUAAUUGCCAAAUAACCAAAGGAAUAAUAAAAAUGACGCUGAGUGGUGGGUGUAUACUGGAAGUAGUAUAAUAGAAUGUUCUAAGGCAAAUAACGAGAAAUAAUCUGUGUAUCGUUCAUAGGUUGAUGUUUAUAGCUUUGGUGUGCUUCUUUGUGAAAUGUGCAUCCACGAACUUCCAGAUCCGAGAAGACGUGAACAGCAGGUACGGCGAUGCUUGCAGACAGAUCCUGAAGCGAGACCAAACAUGCAGGAGAUAUAUAACCGAUGA